UUGCAACUUUAUCCAAAUGUUAUUGUUUGUAUAUGACAUUACAUGAUGAUGUAUAUAUGCAAUGCAUUAACUAACAUCGAACACAAUAAUACGUUUACGGAACCAACUAUAAAAAAACCAAAAAGAAAAAAUGAUUAAGAAUGUCUAAUAAUACAAUUAAUUUACGUUCACUAAUGCUGAUGGAUUGUAAAUUAAGACGUGCAAAAGUUUCAUUAAUCAUAUUAUCGCUGUUACAAUUGUUGGUUGUAUUCAUCUAUAUUACGAUCAAGGAUAAUCUCAAACGGAUAUCAACAUCGCCCUCAUUCAAUUUGAAGGAUGAUAUGUUCAUAUUCAAUCUGAUCACAUAUUUUGGCCUUACAUUUUCAUUGGCAGGUUUAAUUGUGGCUGUAUUUGAAAAUCAUUGCUUUAUCAGUUGUUAUGCUAUCACAAAUCUUGGUCAUUUAAUUGUUGUCAUGACAAAAACAUCACAAUUAUUAUUAUUUGCCGGUUAUUUUGCCAUAAAUAUUGCCAUUAUUAUGGUUUCAUUUGUUUAUUGUCAUUUAUUAAGGAUGAAGAUGGUACAAUUACAUUUACAUCCAACAGCAAUGAAUCACGGGACACAAAACAGCCAUGGAAGUGGAUCAAUUUUUUGUGUUCAAGAAAAUAUUUUCCGUCAACCAAUGCCACCAUCAUAUAAAGAAGUUGUCAAACAUCCGGAUAAAUAUCCAUGUUUAUUUGAUACAAUUCAUACACCACCGACUGAACAAUUACAAGAUGAAGCGAAUGCCAAAGUUCCAGAGUAUUCAACCAUUUAUAUUUGAACUUAAAAAUUUUCAUUCAUAUGUUCCUUCCAAUUCAUUGUAUUGAUUUUAUAAAUAUUAUUUUAUUGUUUUAUAA